AUGUCUGGCGAUCUAAGCGCCCUCGUUGCUCGUCUAGAAGCUGUAACCGCUCGUCUGGAGUCUGCUGCUGACAAGGCGAGUGGAGGAGCACCAGAAGGUAUGAUUGAAUCUUUGCGAACAGAGGGAAGUCUCGGGUCAAUAUAUUUAAGACUCAGACAUUUCCCUUACUCUAACUUGCGUGCUUAUCUUUUUAUCUAUUUAUAUUGUUGGAAUUGCAGAUGUUGGAGUGUUGGUUGCAGCUUACGACGAGGUAUAAUAAGACGUUUUGUUGAAUGCGACAAAGUUUCCUGGCGGAGUUUGUCAAGUUAAGCUUAAAUUUUUUGAUUGCUUCCUGUCACGUAGGUGUUAAACGGCAAAGUGGCUGAAUUUUAUCAGCUUUCAAGCCAGAUUGGUGGAGAUGUAGACACGCAGGUAAAAGAACCUUCAAAAAUUAUGUCAAGUAACCUGGUCUUGUUAUGAAGAACAUGGUUACCAGUGAAGUAUCAUUUCAUACAGCUUCCUCAUCGUUAUUAUUAAGCUUAUAUUUGUUAUUAUUAUUAUUAUUAUUAUGUUAUUGUAAUCUUUAUAAGCUUAUUAGAAAUGUUAUUGUUGUUGUUGCUGUUUUUAAUGUUAUCUCCUUGCUGCUCGUUGCACCUCUUCCCCGAUCUUAAUCAGUAAUGUAGAGUCCAGUGAGCGGGAGUCUGAUUUGUUUGAUCACGACAUUACAGACCUGUUUGGACGAUACAAACUGCUGUUACCAGUUAAUCAUGGUUAAACUCAAAGGCUCUCUCUCAAAAUUUUUCUGUGAAAAGACCCCAUCCCAUCCCAUGUGGGGGUGACCACACUAUCCAAUAGCCUCCCACGCAGAUGUUCUAAGGGGUUCAUCACGCGUUCCUGCCCCAUGAAUGCUGCUGACUUGAGCGGAAAAAAAACGUAGACCAAUCACAGCAGACUUCCAGAUUUGGGAAGUGCACUUUGGACUUUGAGAAAUUUUGCGCUUCACUUUAUAGCUCCAGAAAAGAUCAGAAAGGUCUCAUGAAAGGUGAGGACCUUACAGUUUUAGAACAAACUACUCAGUUAACUCACAAGCAUUCGUACUAGUGGCUGUCCUUACAAUCUCAUUAAAAAAAUUACCUCAGAGGUUAAAUUUGCUCAACGGAAGUCGGCUUUACUACAAAGCAAUAAUGUGUGAAAAAAAAUCUGCCUUUUGUUCAGUCUUACAAGGUGACUCCGCUGUUGCAUCACCCAAAGAACAACUUUAUGAGCAAAUAACAUCUAAUCCAACCCUUACGGAGAGAAAUACAUACAAAAAGCCAACGAUUAUCUCCUAGAUUCUCAUCCAGAGCAAAAAUCUUUGGUCACGUAUCACACUCUACAGCGCUUGUACGUAAGUGUUUGGCUUGUCAACACUUUGACUUCAACAGCGCCGAUUGGUUCUCCGAUAAUCUAUAUGUGAUUUCCAGCUGAUACUUGCGAACAAUGGGAAAGGAAUUUAUCUUUCGGUUCAGCAGACGUUCGUGGAGUAGGAACGUGUGAUGAACCCCUAAGAACGUCUGCGUGGGAGGCUAACUAUCCAGUUACUUAGGCAUGACAUGUACUGUCCUAUUACACUGAUCUAUCAAUGCUGCAAUCAGUGCUACUGAUAGCCAAUCAGACUUGAGAAUUUCUUAUAGUUGCCAUUAAUGACCCUUAAAAAUCAGAGUAUAAGUAAUGUUUCAUGCAAAUAUUUAUCUCAAUUUUAACGUAGGGAAAACCAUAAGCACUACCCAGUCUACUUGCCAUGGUGACCAAGAAAAUGGUCUCAGCUUGAAGUUAUGCUUGAAACCUUUUUCUAUUGAUAACAUACUUAUCAUUUUUUAGAGUUUCAACAAACUAUUUUAGGGCUUUCAAGAGUAUGGAAAAGUCAAUGGAUGCAAAAAAAACGUAAUGUGUGUCAUGCUUGAAUGUGCUGGAUUAUUCCACAGGUUAAGCUUGUAAAGAAGGCAUUUGAUGCUCAGCGAGGAAUUAUUGUUCUUGCAUCUAAGAGCCAGAAGCCAAGUAUGGUAAGGAUAUCAGUAGUUAUCAUCAGUUAAGAGAGUAAUACAUUCAUUACAAUUUGGGGAUGUCAAAACUAACUGAUUCAGGGGUUUAAAGGUAAAGGUCGUUAUUUUCUCCCAGUAACUUGUAACAGUGCUUAAACUGACAGCAGACCUGAGGCUGAUGACGUGCUCAUUUUGUGUGCCUCUCUCCACCAGUGCUUCAUUCACAGAGAUUUAAAGCUACUAAAAGCUACACAGAAAGAAAAGAAGUCGAAACAGUGAUUUGAGGUCACUCCGUGGAAUCAAAUUCUGACCUGCCCACACAGAAGGUUGUGCACCAACCAACAGUGCUAGACCUUGCUUGUUAUAUUGCACAAGUCAUCAUCAAGACAGUCAUCUAAGGGUUGUUGUUAGGGGGAAAAUGCCAGAUAGUGCGUAGAUAACGAAUAAGGUGGACAGUAAUGACCCUUACACAACUGGUUUAGUGACAGCACAUUUAUGGAUUUGACAUUAAACAAGGUAGCAAUCAACAUUUGCAGUAACACGGCAUUGUCCCCCUUAAUGUCAUUUGGAUUUCGCAAUGUCAGGAAACAUUUUCUCAGACAUCAUGUGACCUUGAAGUAGCCAGUAAUAGGGCAUUCUGUUGAGAAAAAAUAUCAAGUCCAACAGCAAAAAUUUGCCAUGUCCUUUCUCUAUUUUAUCAACAACAUGUUUUUAGGCUUGUUGAUUCAGACAUUGCUGAGAGGAGUAGGCAACUUGAAGGAAUGUCUGAAAUUCAGGCUACCUAAUUUGCACAAGAAAGCAAAACCCUGGAGGAUUCUGGUAGAAGUAGUAGUAAAAUGACGCCAUCGUGCAAUUAGCUUAUUCUGUUAUUUUUGUUGGUCCUAACAGUAUGUUUUAUUGUCCUAUCUGGGGCACAUCUAUUUACACCUCUAUCUUCAAAUCAAAUGUGUGAUCAAGUCCUAAAAGAAGUGAUUGUCUUUAGUUAAACUUAUAUAUAUAUGGAUUUGCCAUUCUUUUUUGUAUUAUAGGAUGAAUUUAAAAAGAUACUGAAGCCUUUAGGUGAUGCUAUUUCUGAAGUACAGGUACAUAACAGUGUUACAGGAUAUUUUACUUUUAUAAUAGAGUUAACUAAUUAGAGCUUAUUGCAGCCAUCAUUUUACCCUAAUACUCAAAAACCCUUAGUUUUGUUGGCUACAUUUUGUAUUCAUAAAUUAUUUGGAAACAUGUGUCAACCCAUGACAUUCACUUUCAGAACUCUGUAGAAGUAAUAUUUCUUUCAAAUAGGAGUUCUUUGUCCCAUAAUUGAUUGGAUUGUGAUAACUUAUAUAUUUACCAGUGUUGCUCCAUUAGAAGUAAAACCCAAAAGGCAGUCGAUUUUUAUUUUACCUUUUUGUAGGGCUUCCGUGAGAAGAAUCGUAGUAGUAAAUUGUUCAACAAUCUGUCAGCUGUGAGUGAGGCCAUCCCAGCAUUAGGUUGGGUAUCAGUGGUAAGUUAAUUGGUCUUUUCUUAUACUCUUAUACUCCAGAGUUACUUAAGAUAUAAAUACUGAAAUAAGAGCUUCAGCUACAAAGCAUAGCAGAUUAUCAGUCACUACUGUUUCUUCUUACUGUCUACUAUCAGAAUGAUUCAGAACUUGUUACUCAGUGGUGGUGUGGCUUCAUGGUCAGGCCAUUCUCUUGUAGCUUCACUUAAAAUUAUAACUUUUAAUGAUGUCAUUUCUGUUGUUCAUAAAAAUACAUUAUUGUAUGCUAGUUGUUCCUUCUUGAUGCCCAAAAUCAAUAAAAUAUAAUAUGACAGUGUAAAAGGCAAAAUAUAACUGACCUUUCUUACUGUCUUCACCUCAUUGUGUAUUUUUUUAAGUGAUGUGUACUUUCACUUAGAGUCCUACACCUGCACCAUAUGUCAAGGAGAUGUUAGAUGCUGCCCAGUUCUACAUGAACAGAGUCUUAAAGGAUUUUAAAGGAAAGUAAGUUAUCUUCUGAUAAUCAGAUAAUACCAGCCAGCCUGUCGCUAAAGUACAAUAUGCCAAUAGCCAAAUAGCCAGCAAAAUGACAUCAUAAAAGUAGCCAGAGGUUAAUCAACCACCAACAAUUCAACAGUUUCACAGUUGUUUUAAAUGUAAUCCAAGAAAAAAUUGCCUGGCUUAAGUCUUGUAAGGCAUAUGUUGUAGUAGCAGCCUUUUAUAGUGUCGGCUGGGUUGUGAUUGUACUGCAAGCCAGUUCACAGCUUGAAUUUGUGUGAUUUCAUACCAGAGAUGAGAAGCAUGUGAAUUGGGUGAAUUGUCUGAAAGCUGCUUUGAGUGACCUCCAAGCUUAUGUAAAAGCACACCACACAACUGGCCUGGUGUGGAGUAAAACUGUAAGUAGUGUCGAUAUUGUUUUGAUGUAAGAUAACAUUCACAUUAUCUAGUAGAUUCAAUUUUUGUUCCCUGUUUGCAGAGGUCUCUCACUGCAAUAGAAAAAUGAUAUGAAUGAGAGAGACCUCUGCUGGCCCCUGCUUGCACUGACAUUUCCUUAACAACCAGUAACAUUUUAUUUACAAGCGACACAACUUAUUGAACCCGUUUGCAUAAUGAAAACGGUUGGCUCAAAAAUUUCCAGCAUGCAGCAUGCAGUCUCAACAGGACACACGCAUUCCAUAUUAAACAGAACCAGUUUUUUCAGGUGCUGGCAGAGGUCUCUCUCUUUCCUCUCCUUUUCUUCCUGUGAGAAACCUCUGCUACCAGGGAACAAUUUGGGUUGAAUUUGUUUAGUUGCAGAUCAUAACUGAUGUUUUGAUAUAUUAAGAAUAGAUAAGUGGGUCCUUCUGUAUGUACUGACAAACUACAAGAGCCAAAAGAACCAGGCAGGAAUGUCUGCUUGGGAGUUGUACUGUUAUUUUGCGUAAUCUGUUCUCUUUGGUACCUGCAGAUUGAAUCAAAAAGUAGGAUGUUCCAACAUCUUCAACACUGGGAGAAAGGAAUUUAUUGAUUUUAACAAUAUGUAAACAACACUGCAAACAUCCACACAGCACUGCAAUAUUUGUUCUUGAUUAUUUAGGGAUAUUUUUGUUAACUUCUAAAGCUAAGUAUUGACGGUUCAUUCAAUAUUUUUUAAAAUAGGGAGCAGUUGCAAAAGCUAGUGCAGGGUCUGUACCACCUCCUCCUCCUGGACCUGCACCACCUCCCCCUCCCCCAAUUCAAGCACCAUCACCAGCUCCUUCUGGUCAAGAUACCCAACGAGGAGCUGCAGCUGCUUUGUUCAGUGAAAUAAACAAGGCAGGCACCAACAUUUCCUCAGGUAUGUCAUAUCUGCAGUACAUAUUCAAAACUAGACUGUGAAGAGACCCUCUGUAUUUUGUGCUGGACCAUCAAAUUUAAUUAUGGAACUGCACUCUUGGAUCAAGUGAUAAAAAAGUCUGGGAAGAGGACAUACAUAUAUUUACCCUGUAUGUGCCCCUGGCCAUCACAGCUCAUUUUGUCAUUUUGAAGUCAAUAAAAAAUACUGGACAUUUUGUUGUAGGAUUACGGAAAGUGCGAGAUGAUCAAAAGACCCACAAGAACAAAGAUCUAAGGAAAACUGGUCCAGUUCCAGACAAACCAAAACCUGCUGUUGUCAGUGCUCCCAAGGCUCAAGCUGUUAAGAAGCCUCCAGUCUGUGGGCUGCAAGGAAAGAAAUGGCUUGUGGUAUGUACAACACCUGAGUUAAAAAAUAGAAGUUAUGUGUUCUUAACUUCUACAAAUUGAAGCCAACAACAAUCGGGGAAAGGAUCUGAGAUUAUGACCUAAGAAUAUUACUUUAAUCCUGCGAUCAAGCUCUCUCUGUUUGGGUCUCUGAUUUAAGGCUCCCCCACCCCUCCCCUCCCCUAGCCAAGAGACCUUACUAACAGGCGGACGGGUUAAUAUUAUGAAUGAUUUAUCAGGUUGUUGAAUGACACAUUGAUUUUAACUGCAGGAGUAUCAAGAAAACAACAAAGAAGUUGUUAUCUCUGAUGCACAUUCAUCACAUACGGUGUACAUUUAUAGCUGCAAGAACAGCACCAUUCAGGUCAAGGGAAAAAUUAAUUCCAUGGUUGUAGGUUAGUAUCAAUUUCAAUUGUUAUUGUGCUGGAGUUUUAAAAGCAUGACCUUGUCAAAAAUCUGCAUUUUGUUGGGCUGCUAGGUUUGAAGACGUGUUCAAUAGAUAGUAUUGUAGAAGAAUCCAUUGUUAAGAUUAGUGUCUCUUACUUGCUGUGUGACAUGUCUGUUGUUGAUUUUGUCAGAUAACUGUAAGAAGACAGCAGUAGUUCUUGAUGGAGCAAUUGGUACUGUUGAAUUUAUCAAUUGUCAAAGUGUCCAGUGCCAGGUCAGAUGAUUAUUUUCUUGUAUGAAAAUGUCUCCAAUUUUUCUUUCUUUCUUUCUAUUUUUUUGCAUUAAAGUCUUCUUACUUGCAAGUCUUCGCCAACUUAUAUUAUCUGAUUUGCAUUUUUUCAAGCCGUUUAAUUGUUUUUGUGAAUAUUUGAUUAUCUUACCGCAACGGGGCAAAAAUAGAUCAGGUGACUAGUUAUUUUGAAAACCUAGAAGUUCGUUACGCAACUCACAUUUCAAAAGUGUCAUCACCGAUCGCAUAUCGAAGCUUACUAGCCGCAUAUGGAACACAAAUUGUAAGUAUAAUAUUUGCCCAUCGCUUCAACCAAAACUGACAUGUGUAAUAACCUUCUUUGUGAUAUUAAUUUAAUUUUUCAGUUGAUUACUACUUCUUGUUCUUUACAACUACCAGUGCAAAUAAAUUCCAUGUACAGUCAUGUACGCGAAAAUCAGUUAGUGGUGAAAUCUUCAACAUAAAGUAGCCCUUCAAUCACAGGAGCGAAACAUUAUCACAAUCAAAGUGGUUUACUUGUGUCUUGUAAUUUUUAUAAUAAUACCAAGAACAAUGUACAAUUUCAUCGUAGCAAUAAUAUUGUUGAUGGUCUACACAUUCAGGCACUUGUAGUGUGUACCCUAGUUGUCAGUAAUUUAUUAUUGUUGUUUCUUCAUGAGCUCAACAAAUGUAAUACCAAAAGUCAGUCAAAACUUUAUGAACUGGACAAAGAUGAUGUAAAACAAGACUUCUUUGUUUUCUGUUCAGGGAAAACUCUGCUUGGCAUUGUUUCAUGGUUUUGGUUCUUUUGUUUUACGUUAUCGUCUGUGUCCAGUACAUGAAGUGAAUGCCCAAAAGUCUGAUUGUACUCUGCCAGUGCAUCCCCCUCGUAAGCUGAGACUGGCAGUAUUUACUUUUUUAGAUUUAUUUACAGAGCAUAACAUUCUCACAUACAAAACACAUAGAAUAAAAAACAAACCACUUGUUUUGUCAUAUGACAAAAUAGUGUUAUGGGGAACAUAACCUUCCUCAUGCCAGUUGUGGGUAGAUAAAUGUAUUCACGUAAGUUUUCAUCUGUUUGUAAGCUUUGUUUGUAUUCCUACAGGUCAAUGAGAAGGUUCCAACAGUGUCAAUUGACAAAACUGAUGGCUGUCAAGUGUUCUUUCCUAAUGGUAUUGGUUCAACGGAAAUAGUUACUGCUAAGUCUUCAGAGAUGAACAUUAUGCUUCCCAAAGAUGGUGAACAGGACAUGGUGAGUACAAACGUAACUCCUCACUGCCAGCAGGAAAUUAUCAUAUUUUGUUACUACCCAAUGUUGGUAAUGAUAAACUGUUUGCUUUCAAAAUUGUAGACUCCCUGUACUGCAUGUUCUGUAAAAAUGAGGUGGAAUCUCAGAGCAUUUAUUUAUUUAUUUUUGCAAAGUAGUGGAUAUGUUUUGGGAAGAGGUUUUAUCAUGGAUAGCCCUUUGUAGUAAUGAAGUAAAGGUUAUUUCCUUUCCAGACGUUUUUUUUGGUAAAUUCAAUACCGAUAAAGAUUUUACGAUAAUCAAUCACAUCCUUUUAUUAGCAAAAUUCUUUAUUUAUGUGUAAAUAAGAUAAAAAAGAACCACACUUGACGUUGUUAAGGCUAAAUUGAAAGCUAACUACAGAUUAGAACUUUGUGUUGCCAAAAAAAAUGAUGUUCUUUCAACGCAUUAUGCGAAAUGGGAUGCAUAUAUUUCGAUACUUUCUUAAUCCCUGUUUCUAAUACAUUACUACAUCACUUGAUCAACACGUUUUUGCCGCGCAGUACAUAAUAUACGCAAUAUUUAAAUGUAUAUCUUUUUUGAAUUUUCUCAUUGUUAAUUUCUUAAUAUUGGCCUUGCUCUUUUUUUCUUAUAAAUAUCUUAACAGCUUAUGUUUUUUGUUGUAUGUUUUUGUUGUCGUUGUUAUUGUUGAUAAAUAUGUAAUUUGUGAAGCUUUAGUUUGUUUUUUGUCAGGCAUCUACUAUAAGUAAUUAAUGUUGAUAUUGUAGUGUAAUGUAAUGUAAUGUAAUGUAAUGUAUCGAAAGGAAAGGAAAAUAAAAAAUGGAAAAAAAACUACGCCAUGUUUAAGUAUUAAAUACAAUUUGUGCAGGCAAGUUUCUUAUGUACUAACCAAAUCAAGGUAGUCGGCAGGGACAGAUCCAGAAAAUUCAGAAAGGGGAAACUGGGACGUCUGCUACACAGAUACUAUUUAUUUUAUUUAAAAAUAACACAAUAUUCAAAAAGGAAAGGAUGGGGUGUUACUGUUGUACUGAGCAAAGGGUAUCAAGUGUGUCUAGUUAUUCUUCUCUGUCGUGCAACCUUCACAGCAGAUUGCGUGGUGAAGAGUACACUUGUGUUUUAGUCUUACUGUUUGUUUUGUUAUUGUUUCAACAGGGGGAAUAUUCCCUGCCUGAACAGUUUAAGAGCGUAUGGAAUGGCAAGACAUUUGUGACCACUAGCAGUGAAUCUCUUGGAUAAAUGCAGAUGGAUUGCAAGCAAAUUUUGAAUUGCAUGGCCUCAGCAGUGAAAUACAUUUUCAGUACACACAAUUUAGAAUCAGCCUCUUGCAUAUUAUUUGAAAAAUAAUAGUAAUAAAAACUACUCUUUUGAAAUUUCUCUAAUUCCAGCUUUUCGAUUCAGUGAUGUUCAGAUGCCAGUUUCUAAAUGCGGAUGCAGAUAGGGCCUUGGUCGUUCAUUUAUUUGUUCAGGAAUUACUCCACUUUUUGGAAUUAAGGCACAAACAUCCCCGUGAUACGAAUGCGUCAUUUAAGUCAUUUAAGUCGUUAAAAUACUUCAAGCGGUCAGUUCUUUAUUUUCUUGGUAUGUAGUUAGCAAGAAAAAAGUGAUUUUAUAAACAUUUUUUACCUUUGACAGUUAAAGAUAGAUGAUGACUAUUUUCCUUUGGCACUAUAGUGGCAACCAAAAAUAAAGUACCGAUGUUAACUUGAUCUGCCUUCGUACAUAGGAUUCUCUACGUGUUCGUCGUAAGAUUAUCCCCGGC